UUGGCUGUCAGCGAAGAGGGCCUCCUUCAGUUGGCUGUCAGCGAAGAGGGCCUCCUUCAGUUGGCUGUCGGCGAAGAGGGCCCCCUUAAGUUGGCUGUCAGCGAAGAGGGCCUCCUUAAGUUGGCUGUCAGCGAAGAGGGCCUCCUUAAGUUGGCUGUCAGCGAAGAGGGCCUCCUUAAGUUGGCUGUCAGCGAAGAGGGCCUCCUUAAGUUGGCUGUCAGCGAAGAGGGCCUCCUUAAGUUGGCUGUCAGCGAAGAGGGCCUCCUUAAGUUGGCUGUCAGCGAAGAGGGCCUCCUUAAGUUGGCUGUCAGCGAAGAGGGCCUCCUUAAGUUGGCUGUCAGCGAAGAGGGCCUCCUUAAGUUGGCUGUCAGCGAAGAGGGCCUCCUUAAGUUGGCUGUCAGCGAAGAGGGCCUCCUUAAGUUGGCUGUCAGCGAAGAGGGCCUCCUUAAGUUGGCUGUCAGCGAAGAGGGCCUCCUUAAGUUGGCUGUCAGCGAAGAGGGCCUCCUUCAGUUGGCUGUCAGCGAAGAGGGCCCCCUUAAGUUGGCUGUCUGUGAAGAGGGCCUCCUUCAGUUGUCUGUCAGCGAAGAGGGCCUCCUUCAGUUGUCUGUCGGCGAAGAGGGCCCCCUUAAGUUGUCUGUCGGCGAAGAGGGCCUCCUUAAGUUGGCUGUCGGCGAAGAGGGCCUCCUUAAGUUGGCUGUCGGCGAAGAGGGCCUCCUUAAGUUGGCUGUCGGCGAAGAGGGCCUCCUUAAGUUGGCUGUCGGCGAAGAGGGCCUCCUUAAGUUGGCUGUCGGCGAAGAGGGCCUCCUUAAGUUGGCUGUCGGCGAAGAGGGCCUCCUUAAGUUGGCUGUCGGCGAAGAGGGCCUCCUUAAGUUGGCUGUCGGCGAAGAGGGCCUCCUUAAGUUGGCUGUCGGCGAAGAGGGCCUCCUUAAGUUGGCUGUCGGCGAAGAGGGCCUCCUUAAGUUGGCUGUCGGCGAAGAGGGCCUCCUUAAGUUGGCUGUCGGCGAAGAGGGCCUCCUUAAGUUGGCUGUCGGCGAAGAGGGCCUCCUUAAGUUGGCUGUCGGCGAAGAGGGCCUCCUUAAGUUGGCUGUCGGCGAAGAGGGCCUCCUUAAGUUGGCUGUCGGCGAAGAGGGCCUCCUUAAGUUGGCUGUCGGCGAAGAGGGCCUCCUUAAGUUGGCUGUCGGCGAAGAGGGCCUCCUUAAGUUGGCUGUCGGCGAAGAGGGCCUCCUUAAGUUGGCUGUCGGCGAAGAGGGCCUCCUUAAGUUGGCUGUCGGCGAAGAGGGCCUCCUUAAGUUGCCUGUCGGCGAAGAGGGCCUCCUUAAGUUGCCUGUCGGCGAAGAGGGCCUCCUUAAGUUGCCUGUCGGCGAAGAGGGCCUCCUUAAGUUGCCUGUCGGCGAAGAGGGCCUCCUUAAGUUGCCUGUCGGCGAAGAGGGCCUCCUUAAGUUGCCUGUCGGCGAAGAGGGCCUCCUUAAGUUGCCUGUCGGCGAAGAGGGCCUCCUUAAGUUGCCUGUCGGCGAAGAGGGCCUCCUUAAGUUGCCUGUCGGCGAAGAGGGCCUCCUUAAGUUGCCUGUCGGCGAAGAGGGCCUCCUUAAGUUGCCUGUCGGCGAAGAGGGCCUCCUUAAGUUGCCUGUCGGCGAAGAGGGCCUCCUUAAGUUGCCUGUCGGCGAAGAGGGCCUCCUUAAGUUGCCUGUCGGCGAAGAGGGCCUCCUUAAGUUGCCUGUCGGCGAAGAGGGCCUCCUUAAGUUGCCUGUCGGCGAAGAGGGCCUCCUUAAGUUGCCUGUCGGCGAAGAGGGCCUCCUUAAGUUGCCUGUCGGCGAAGAGGGCCUCCUUAAGUUGCCUGUCGGCGAAGAGGGCCUCCUUAAGUUGCCUGUCGGCGAAGAGGGCCUCCUUAAGUUGCCUGUCGGCGAAGAGGGCCUCCUUAAGUUGCCUGUCGGCGAAGAGGGCCUCCUUAAGUUGCCUGUCGGCGAAGAGGGCCUCCUUAAGUUGCCUGUCGGCGAAGAGGGCCUCCUUAAGUUGCCUGUCGGCGAAGAGGGCCUCCUUAAGUUGCCUGUCGGCGAAGAGGGCCUCCUUAAGUUGCCUGUCGGCGAAGAGGGCCUCCUUAAGUUGCCUGUCGGCGAAGAGGGCCUCCUUAAGUUGCCUGUCGGCGAAGAGGGCCUCCUUAAGUUGCCUGUCGGCGAAGAGGGCCUCCUUAAGUUGCCUGUCGGCGAAGAGGGCCUCCUUAAGUUGCCUGUCGGCGAAGAGGGCCUCCUUAAGUUGCCUGUCGGCGAAGAGGGCCUCCUUAAGUUGCCUGUCGGCGAAGAGGGCCUCCUUAAGUUGCCUGUCGGCGAAGAGGGCCUCCUUAAGUUGCCUGUCGGCGAAGAGGGCCUCCUUAAGUUGCCUGUCGGCGAAGAGGGCCUCCUUAAGUUGCCUGUCAGGGAAGAGGGCCUCCUUAAGUUGCCUGUCAGGGAAGAGGGCCUCCUUCAUUUGGCUGUCGGCGAAGAGGGCCUCCUUCAUUUGGCUGUCGGCGAAGAGGGCCUCCUUCAUUUGGCUGUCGGCGAAGAGGGCCUCCUUCAGUUGGCUGUCGGCGAAGAGGGCCUCCUUCAGUUGGCUGUCGGCGAAGAGGGCCUCCUUCAGUUGGCUGUCGGCGAAGAGGGCCUCCUUCAGUUGGCUGUCGGCGAAGAGGGCCUCCUUCAGUUGGCUGUCGGCGAAGAGGGCCUCCUUCAGUUGGCUGUCGGCGAAGAGGGCCUCCUUCAGUUGGCUGUCGGCGAAGAGGGCCUCCUUAAGUUGCCUGUCAGGGAAGAGGGCCUCCUUAAGUUGCCUGUCAGGGAAGAGGGCCUCCUUAAGUUGCCUGUCAGGGAAGAGGGCCUCCUUAAGUUGCCUGUCAGGGAAGAGGGCCUCCUUAAGUUUGCUGUCAGGGAAGAGGGCCUCCUUCAGUUGGCUGUCGGCGAAGAGGGCCUCCUUCAGUUGGCUGUCGGCGAAGAGGGCCUCCUUCAGUUGGCUGUCGGCGAAGAGGGCCUCCUUAAGUUGGCUGUCGGCGAAGAGGGCCUCCUUAAGUUGGCUGUCGGCGAAGAGGGCCUCCUUAAGUUGGCCUAAAUCUGCAUCAGAUUCUGAGUGCUCCAGUUAUAGUAAAUCUACCCCCAAAGUAUCACCAAGAAAGGAACUGAGGGGAUAUUUCCUCAAAUUACAA